AUGCGCAGUGUUGCUGGCAGUUUCUGUGGCUUCAGUGGCAGCGGCUCUCUUACUCUGUACCUGGCGGUUCAGAAGCAGCGCAAUUUCGACCCGAUCUACCAUGCCACCUGCAGCCUGUUGCAGCAGUACUCGGUCUGGGUGUGGGCAGCGUGCGGCUCUCUCGCCAGGUUGCAGAGGGCCUGGAUGGCGCUGAAGGACCAGUUCGAGGCUGCUCGCGGCGCGGUCACUUGGGCCAGCGCUCGAGGUCCGAUAUCGGCCCUCUGGCUGACUCUGCGCAGGGUCGGGUGGGACAUGGCCAGUGCCACGGUCCUCGUGGACGACACGGGCGUUGGCAUCGACUUGCUCAGGGUCAGUCCCAGCGAAAUGCUGCACUACAUGUACCUGAGCCUCGAGCGCUGGCAAAGUGCGUUGGCCAAGCUCCAGUCAGAUGGCAUGUGGACGCCCGCUCGUCGGUGCGAGGCGGGUUACACGGACAAUGCUGUAUGUGUUUUCUGCGGUCACUCGCCUGCGGACCUCGAGCACGAGAUGUUCUUCUGCUCGGUGCACGAGGCGCAGGAGGGCGAGGAGCAGGGCCCAUACCCUGACGACGUGCUGCAGGUCAGGAAAGACAUCUGGGAGCAGGGCCAGACGGGUGCUGGCGCCGAGUGGGACCUCGCCACGGUCGACCUGCUCUACGCGCUGCCGAUGCGCCCUGAGUUUCGGCCUCCUGAGCCCAGCCUGCUGCCUGUCAAAGAGUGGGGGGCCCGCGAUGCCCCGUGGCCGUCCAAAGUUUUCGGAGACGGGUCUUGUUUCGAUCGUGAUUUCCCUGAGGUCUGUGGAUGA